AUGCACUGGCAUGGUCUAAGUCAGUCCACUGCUCCAUUCUCCGAUGGUUCACCUCAGGCAAGCCAAUGGCCCAUCAAGCCGGGAGAAUAUUUCGACUACGAAAUCAGGCCAAACAUCGGUGAGGCUGGAACACAUUUCUACCAUUCCCAUGUUGGGUUCCAAGCAGUUUCUGCAGCAGGACCUCUCAUUGUUGAAGAAAAGCACGGUAAAUCGCCACCUUUUAUGUACGAUGAAGAACGGAUCAUGUUCAUUUCCGAGCUUUACAACAAAACCGACUCGAUGACGGAGACUGAGCUGCUCAGGCCCUAUGAUGUGGUCCGAUGGACUGGCGACCCCUCGACAAUACUGAUGAAUGGGAAUAGUUUCCAUGGUAUGAGUGCGCAUGAGACAGAUACGCCUGAGCCAUGGGUUAUGCCAGAUCCAUCCCUCGUGUCAAGCUGUGGCCCUGAAAUGAUUCAAGUUGAUCCCGACAAGACAUAUCGCAUGCGAAUAAUUGGUGGGCCAGCUCUGAACCUCGUGACCUUGGGGUUCGAAGACCACCAAGAGCUGUCGGUCAUGGCUGCAGAUGGGAAAUACACCAAGCUGGCAAAAACGGAACGCAUCCAGAUUGCCUCUGGCCAACGCUUCGAUUUCCUUCUCCACACGAAGACGGAGGACGAGCUACGACGUCUUGGAAAAAGUGCUUUCUGGAUCCAGAUGGAGUCACGCUAUCGACCUAUGAACGUCUCUUCUUACGCGCUACUCUCACUUGGUGCCUCCCAAAAAAAGCCUCUGAGCCUGCCGAACAAGGUUUACGACUGGCUGGAGUAUGUUCUUGAGCCUUGGGAACCCAACGGGUUUCCAAGCGCCGAUAAGGUGAACCGGACGGUGGUCCUGACAUCGCUCCAGUUGAUCGCGAAGGAGGGGGUGUAUGCGGCUGUAUCGAACCACACUUGGACCGAGACCAAUCAACACAGGGGAAACACUCCAUUCUGGAAACAGGAGCACCAGGAAGGGACCCCAUAUCUAGUUGACAUCUUCAGGCGCGGGGACAAAGCAAUACCGGAUUACGAGACCACGGUGCAGAAGCAUGGGGGUUGGGAUCCAGGUCUCAACGUGUACGUAGCCAAGCUUGGCGAGGUCAUCGAUAUUGUCAUGGUCAACCAGCCAAAUGGUCUGGCUAUCGGCUUCGACCUUCAUCCAUGGCAUAUUCACGGCGGCCACAUCUAUGAUCUUGGCAGCGGGCCUGGCACCUACAACGCGACAGCUAACGAGGAGAAGUUGAAGGGUUACAAUCCCGUGAUAAGAGACACGACCAUGCUUUAUAAAUACACUCCGGGCCAGUAUUUGGGCGAAAAUAAGAAUUUUACGAACCAAGGAUGGCGGGCUUGGCGAUUACAUGUUCAGGAUCCUGGGGUGUGGAUGGUACACUGCCACACACUUCAGCAUAUGAUCAUGGGAAUGCAGACUGUGUGGGUAAUGGGCAAUGCAUCAGAGAUCACGCGUGGAGUAUCGCCGGGUUCUGUGGAAGGCUAUCUAAAUUACGGAGGUGAUGCAUAUGGGAAUGCUAGCUACGAUCCCCACGUGCAACAUCAUUUCGAAAGUGGGUUGCAACAGAUCCUCCAAUAA